CUGAAAACUGAGACCAACACGCGCAAGAAGACAAACUCCAACUAGAAGAACUGUUUAGUCAUGGAUUACAGACCGCACACCAACAUGUAGAGAACCAGGAACUUGAUGAAGAAUGCCGCUCAAGCUGUUAGAAACGCUUUUGUGAAAAACAGGUGAACUCUGUUCUGCUGCUGUUCCUGGGAGAUUACAGCAGGGCAGCCUUCCAACCACUCUGCAACUUGACUUUACUUGCUGUGUCAUGGAAUCCUGCUCACAGAACGGAGGUUUAAACGUACCACAGACAGCAUACAGCCAGGAGUAGUCUUUGUAAUAUUAUGAAUGCCUACUAUAUGCAGCCUGUUUGUGUAUCAUUAGAAUGGAUUACAGGAUAGUUUUGCUAUAACAGGCUGCCUCCAAGAGAAGGUAAGAGGAGUGGGGGAGAUUUGUCAAUACAAAGGCCUUUUGUUCUUUUGUUCCCUGCCAACAGUAGAAGUUAAACAGGAACGGCUUGGAAAACUGGAUGUGGGGAGAUGAACCUUUGGUAAUAUUUUUGGAUACUGAACCUACUAUCAGCUUUGGUUUUCCUCUUUUUGCUCUCAGCUUGAGUCACACUCUGAGUAAACAUGGACAGCACAAGUGUUAACUCAGAUGAACAAGGGAAGCAGCCCACUAGUUCCAUCCUUAACGCCUUCAGCAGUUUAUUCACACGGGAUCAGGGUGCAAAUCCAGCUGUGUUGACAUCGUUUAAGGAGCUUUCAGAUGGAGAGAUUUAUAACCCUGAAAGUAGUCAAAUUAAAAGUAAAGAAAACCUCCCAGGAAGUCUAUAUGUGCUUCAGGAUAAUGUGACUGAUUCCUGUGAUUUAGAGCAAACGACUGAAUCAUCCGAGAAGGAUUCUGGUGAACAAGUUAAAGCAGCAGUUAGAGCCACAGUUGACUCUGAUCUGGUACAGGUCACACGGGUGGAAACAUAUAGUGACGCAGAAAAUGAGGAUGAUGAGGGGGCCCACAAGCUGUCAGAGGCAGGGGUCAAUUGUGACACUUCUGGAACAUCUGCUCUACCCGAUGGGGAUGAUAAUGCAGUGGAACAUGGAGAUGGAGAAGCGCCAAAAGUGCCUGUCUUUACAACACACAAAUUUAAGGAAAGAUCCCGCAUAGAGGCUAUUCUAUACUCCAGUAGAUAUGCCAGUAGAGGUAAAUCUAGGUUAUCUCUGGUCUCUUCAGGGUCCAAACAGGAAGAUACCUGUUGUUCCAAAGAGAGUACUACCACAGUGUCUGUGGUUACAGAAGCAUCACCAGCUGAGGAAAAUACUAAAAUGGAUGUGGCAGCAGAUGAUAAUGAGGAGUAUGCUGGAAUAGAUUGCUCUCAGCCAGUUCCUUCAGUCAUCUCUGGGCAUCAGAUUUUGGAGGUUUCAGGCCAUGAAACUGACAUGGCCUCUCCAUUAAAACAAAAUGAGGAGACACAAGAGCAACAAGCUGAAGAGGGACCUGAAGAGCGUCAUUCCAGCUCAGUGACACCUGAGGUCUUAAACCAGUCAUCAUUCAAUCCAGAGAAACAAGCAGACACCACUGGUUUGACACAGUCCAGGUGUGACAUGCUCAAAUCUCCGUUAUCUACACCUGAAGAGUCCACAAUUGAUAGCCAAUGUGCCAGCCCUGCUGCACAGGACACAACAGAUGUAAAGACUCUACAAACACAUACAGCAACACCAGUUUCAUCUGCUACCACCUCUACCUCUUCCAACUCAUCCCCAUCCAAGGGCACGGCUUUCUCUUCACCCCCUUCCUUCCAGAUGCCAGCUCUCUUUAGUGGUUUGCGGGUGCUGAAGAAAGGAGUGGUGGGGGAAGACAGGGAGGUACUGUCAGAGAUCAAGCAGAGGGAGAAGGAUGCUGAACUGGCCUUGCUCAGCCUCAAGAAGACAGUAAACAAAGCCAAGCUUUUUCCCGAGCAGAAGACAGCCUCUCCAAUCAAAAAGCACUUGGAGCUUAAAUCAGCUGCAGAGUCUAAAAGCUCUGUGGUGGGACAGCUCAUUGAGCCACACAACGUAGACAAUCAUGAUGACACUAAAAAAUCAAAUAGUGAGCCAGAGAGUGAUGGUGUUAAUGGCAAAAAUGAGUCUGAGAAUGGAGGAGAGGUUGCAGAAGGGAAAAGUCCAGAUCCACCUACUCCUACCUUCACCCCUGAGAGAAAGAAGACCUCAGACCUAGCUUAUGAAACCUUUAGAAGCCUUUUUGGCCCCAAGACUCUUAAAAAGGAGAAGACAGAAGAUGCUGACCUUGAGGCAGUGAAAAAGAAAAUCAAGAAUGACAAGGAAAUUCUGCGGUCCAUUUUUGAGAAAACCUCCAAAUCUGCUGGCAGUGACCUCACAAGUCCCACAGAGGCUAGUACAGAGGUCGUAUCCCCUACAGACAGUGAGGACCGGACUCCAGGGCGUCUGCAGGCUGUUUGGCCUCCACCUAAACCUAAAGAUGAGGAGGAGAAGGUGGGGCUCAAGUAUACAGAAGCAGAGCACCAGGCUGCCCUCUUGCAGCUGAAAAGAGAAUGCAAAGAAGAUCUGGAGAGAAUACACUCCGACUUUGAGCUUAAAAUCUUCCAACUGCGAGGUGAGCAUGCUGUUUCAGUAUCAGAGCUGGAGGGAGUCAUUGCUAAGCUGCGGAGAGACAGCCCGGGUCAGGAGCGGGGUGGGGUCCGCGAUGUGGCUGUGUCCACUGCAGAUGAACUGACUCCAAAGACCUGCCGCACUGUGGGAAUCCAGACGGACAGGGAGACCUUCCUUAAGAGCCCUGAGGGUGAUGGAGGUGGCCUCGCUCAAAGCCCCAGUCAGAACCUGCCUAAAAAACUCAACUUGGACUCUUUUGAACUGUAUCUAAAAGCUGAAACGACCCCAGGCCCAUCUUGUCCACCCCCUCCGCCUCCUCCUCCUCCUCCACCACCAAGCCUCUCAGGACCACCUCCACCCCCUCCACCCCCUUUGCCAGGUCACACUGGUCUACCACCACCACCUCCUCCACUACCUCCUACCCCAGGAGGUGGUCCACCACCUCCACCACCUCCACCUCCCCCUUUUGGCCUACCUGGAGGUGGUCCACCUCCACCUCCCCCUCCUCCAGGCUGUGGUCCCCCGCCACCUCCUCCUAUGGGUGGGUUUGGCCAGAAAGUGGAGAAGGGGCCACGGAAACCUACCAUUGAGCCUGCCUGUCCCAUGAAGCCUCUGUACUGGACAAGGAUACAAAUACAGGACAAUAACAACAACAGUCUGUGGGGGUCACUGAAGGAACCUGAUAUUGUCAACACCAAUGAGUUUGAGGAUCUAUUCUCUAAGGCCACAGUACAGCAGAAGAAGAAGCCUCUAUCAGACACCUAUGAGAAGAAAGCCAAAUCUAAGAAGAUUAUCAAGCUGCUGGAUGGGAAGCGCUCACAGGCAGUCGGCAUCCUCAUUUCAAGUCUGCAUCUGGAGAUGAAGGACAUUCAACAAGCUGUUCUUAAUGUGGACAACUCGGUGGUGGAUUUGGAAACCAUUGAGGCUUUGUAUGAAAAUAGGGCCACCAGUGAUGAGUUAGACAGGAUAAUGGGACAUUAUCAGACCUCCAAGGAAGAUGAAGUCAAACUGCUGGACAAACCUGAACAGUUUCUCUAUGAGCUCUCCCAGAUUCCUGACUUUGCAGGCCGAGCCCACUGCAUCAUCUUCCAGUCAGUAUUCCUGGAGACCAUCUCCUCUAUACGUCGUAAGGUGGAAAUUAUCUCCAAUGUCUGCAAAGGUCUGCUAGAGUGUAAGAGCUUGCAGGAUGUGAUGGGUCUUGUUCUGGCCUUUGGGAACUACAUGAAUGGAGGGAACAGGACCCGAGGUCAGGCCGAUGGCUUCGGGCUGGAGAUCCUCCCGAAGCUGAAGGAUGUGAAAAGCAGGGACAAUCGAAUCAACCUGGUGGAUUAUGUGGUUUUAUACUACCUGCGUAAUUUUGACAAGCAUGCUGGUACAGAAAAGAGUGUGUUUCCGCUGCCAGAGCCUCAAGACUUCUUCCAGGCUGCUCAGGUCAAGUUUGAUGACCUCACCAAGGACAUCAGAAAACUGAAGAGAGAUCUAACUGCUUGUGAGAAAGAUGUGCAGAAAGUGUGCACAAACUCAUCAGAAGACCACCUGCAGCCUUUUAAAGAGAAGAUGGACACGUUCAUAUCUGCUGCUCAAAAGGAGCAUUCUGCUGAAGAGGACCAGCUCAACACAGCUCAGAAAAGUUUCCAGGACAUGGUGGGCUACUUUGGUAUAAAGCCAAAGCCUGGGGAGAAAGAAGUGACUCCAAAUUAUGUCUUUAUGCUCUGGUACGAAUUCUGCAACGACUUCAAGAACACCUGGAUACGACAAAGCAAGAACAUCUCCAAGGAGAGGUUGAAGGAAGCUCAAGAAAACAUUAAGAAAAUCACAGCAGAGAAGAGAGUCGAAACCAAGAAGAUCAAUGCCAACAGUUUGAAAGAGAGGCUGCGGCAGAAGGAAGCCAGCGUGUCCUCCAGCUGAGCGAAAUGACAAAUGGCAGAGCAGACUAAGAAAUGAGGAGCUGCAGUGAUAAAUAAAAAAGUGUGCAAGCCCCGUUCCUACUGCGCUUACCACCUGCCUCACAAUAACACAAUAAAACCUCACUGGACAUACUCCAGUGUCUAUCCUACUAACAACAACCCCCCUCCCCUACACUGCUCCACCUCCAUGUUAAGGCUUUUCUGUACAACCCCUGCAGCGAGGAUGCAUGGCUGACACAGCCGAAGUGAUGGGAGUCUUAAAGGCCAAAGGUUGACCUCAUUCAUCCAGCAUGGUGUGACCUCAGAGUGCCCAGCUUGUGAGAGGUCUCCGGGGUUCAGUGGGAUUCUCAGCAGUCCCACAAUCUUCCUGCUGGAUGUUAAAAAAAACUGAGAAUGAUUGCUUGAUUUUUUUAUUUUUAUUUUUUUUCUGAAUUCAAUCUUACAACAUACGAUAUGUUCUAAAAACGAUCGGAAAUACUCAAAGUGUUCAACUGCUGGGGUUGUUGUAGGAACAGAUAUGCUUCCUGGCGAUGUCUGCUGAGAGGAAAAUCCCUGUUGACAAAACAGAUCUCUCUCUUAAAGCAGGAAGUUAGCAGUUCCCAGUGUCCUUUGCUGUGGUGAACAGCUUUUCAUUCACCGUGUCAUUAAGAGUCUUGUAAAUAUGACAUGUUGAAGGGUCGGCAGGGACUGGGCAGUUUUAUAGAAUAUGAUAAAGGACCUAUACUCUACUCCAAGUGCAGAUAAAGAUAUGUUGAGUAUGAAUUGCUGUACAUGAGUUGUGGGUGUGAGUAUGUAGAAGUUUUGCUGUGUUGUGUGUUGCUCUGCACCAGACUGACCUCUCCUGGGUGACGGCCAGAGGAGAACAGAAGCUGGCAGUAAGUCUGACGUAGAACUUCAGCCCCCCUCACAUACAUAAACUUGGAUUUAAAAUCACUCUAAGAACACAGCAGCUUGUAGCUUAUGGCUUUUUAAAGGAAGAAAUAGUAGAAGUUGAGCUGUCAUCACAUUGCUUCCAGCACAGUUUUGAGCACUUUCCUGCUUGCAGUAGCUGUAUGUUGUAGCACGCUAUAAACCGCACUCCUCAGUCUGCUAAGCGCGUGUAUUUUUUUUAACUAUCUUGCACUUUUUGCACCUCUUUUCCUAUGCAAGAAUAAGGGUAAUUAGCUAUAAAAUGUAUAAACUGUACUGCUUCAUGACAAAAUCAAAUUAGAUUUUUUUUAUUUUUAAGACUGCGUAUUAUUAAAGUUAUGCUUUGUCACCAUGCUCCAAGGUCAUUGAGAAAAAAGUCUAUUUAUGUAAAGAUAGAGGUAUUUUAUGCCAAAAACAUUAGCUUCGUUCCUUUUUUUUUAAGCUUUGAGUUGUGGGUGAAUUGACAGAGAAGACUAUAUUUUCACAUGGACGUCUCUUGUAUGUUGUAUAAAUUUGCUGUGGAGAUUUGAGUAUUUUGCAUAAAGUGAAAAGAGCUGCCCUUUCUGCUUAGUUUAUGGAGCGAUCAGGGUUGUGUUUUAGGGUAAUGAGAUUUAAGAUUGCCACCUCAAGCCAUGUGAGUUUUAAUACCUCAGACUUCCAUUAUGAGAUUCUCCAUUAAACUGCACCUUCAAUUAUUUUUUUAACCCUACAAAGUCUUUCAUGGAUGCCAUUUAUUUUGUAUAAGAAUUAAAAAAAAUUAACUGUUAUAUUUUCCUGUAAAUGGGGGCUGAUGAACAAAAAGGAAGCUGUUCAGAAAGAACUAUUUUGUAGCCUCUCUUGUGUGUGUUAGUUCAUGUAACUCUUAUUAGCUCUCACAUAGGUGCUCUGUAAUUUUAUGAAAUUGUUUUAAAUUUCAAGAGUAAACUGGAUGCCUGAUAAGUCAUUUGGAUAAAAGAUGUGUUAGACCAGUUUUCCUCAAUCUUUCUGCUGUCAAUACUUCCAUUAGGCUUGAAUUGUGUAAACCUAAUAUUUAUGUGAAAAGUUGAGUCAUCAAAAGGGUUUGAUCUGUUCAUAAAGCUGCUGGGCAGUUCAAUAAACCGUGAGUCAGAGUGAAGCCCCACAGCCGAGACUUGUUUCUGGACAUUUAAACUUGUUCUUGGAAAUCUGCUGAAAUAAAGUCAUUAGUUAUAACUGGA